AUGGCCGGUAGCAAAAAUUACUUUUGGAUUAUGUUUUCAUCUGCCACGUCUGUUUUAUUGGCCUUUUCCCUGCUUUUCUGGGGGCCUUUCUGUGUGCAAAGUAGCCCCAUCAGCUCCCCGGAGAGGCACCGCACUGCUCCAGGUUUGGAUGAUGGACAUGGAGGCAUUUUGGAUCCUUCACUCUUGGAGCAGGACAGUGAGGCGAACAUGCAGAGUUUGAUGGAGACCCUGAAGGGACAGUUUCUGCGCACUUUUAAUCUGACUCGUCCCAGCUCUCCUGCGCAUCAAGGAGCCACUCGUGUAGAGCCACCUGAAUAUAUGUUGGAACUCUACAACCGCUUCGCCAAUGACCGAACAGCAAUGCCUUCGGCAAACAUCGUACGCAGCUUUAAAAAUGAAGACUCCUCCCCAUACAGUAUGGGACCUGGUGGAGUGAGACGACACCCACUUCUCUUCAACGUGUCAAUCCCACACCACGAGAGAGUCACCACAGCUGAACUCCGACUGUACACUCUGGUCCAGACUGACCGCAACAAAUAUGCUGGUGUUGACCGAAAAGUGACCAUAUAUGAGGUCAAACUGCUUGAAACAAACAGCAGCCAGCAAGUAAAAAGAGACAAUAUUGAUGGAGGAGAUCAAGAGAGUGAAACAGAGCUAGUGGAGUUAGCAUCUCGACAGGUUUAUGGUACAGAUAAUGCAUGGGAAUCUUUUGACAUGACUGCUGCAGUACACCUUUGGCGGAAAUCAGACUAUGGGACCACCCACAAGCUGGAGGUCCACAUAGCAAGUUUGGACUCUCAGAGUGUGGCCGAAGGUGAAAAUAUAAGCAAUGCCAUAGAAGGGGACAUGGACAUUGACACCAGCCCUGAGGAAAAACACAAACCCUUAAUGAUCGUGUACUCUGAUGACCAGAGCAGAGACCAUCGUGGAGCAAAACGAGAGCUGAAUGAGCUGAUCCAGCACGAGACCAACCGGCCAGGCCUUCAAGACAACCUUGAGCUGGAGAUGACUGGCCUUUGGGGUGACCUUGGACAAAAAGAUGGCAAUGAAGAAGAAGAGCAGAGUGAGGAAGCUCUCCUGCAGAUGCGCUCCAACCUCAUCUAUGACACAGCAUCUAGAAUCCGACGCAAUGCCAAAGGCAACCAGUGUAAAAAGAGCUCCCUCUAUGUGGACUUCAAAGACAUCGGCUGGGACAGCUGGAUCUUGGCGCCGACUGGUUAUGAAGCCUUUGAGUGUACAGGGGUCUGCACAUACCCUUUAACCAAAGACGUUACACCUACAAAACAUGCAGUUAUACAAACUUUGGUCAGUCUGAAAAGUCCACAAGUUGUGUCCAGGGCUUGUUGCGUUCCAACUGAACUAGAUCCCAUCUCCCUGCUCUACCUAGAUGAUGCAGGUGUGGUCACGUAUCAGUAUAAGUUUGAAGGAAUGGUAGUGGCCAAGUGUGGGUGCAGAUAG